ACAGGUUUACCUGAGAAACCAACCAUCACAAAUACAGAAGCAGAAGUUGACAAGGAUUUCGUGGUUACCUGGUCAGAAGCUGGGGCUAACAGCAGUAAUUGCAGCAUUAAAUACCGUCUGGAAUGGAGGAAACAACCCAUGACACGAUCCACAGAAAUGGUUCAACGAGAAAAUAUUGUUGAAACUCACCUCAAGAUUACUGGUCUUGAGUAUGACGCAGAGUAUGAAGUAAAACUGUUUGCUGUCAACAAACAAGGAGACAGUGAGCCAGAUGUCAGAACAUUUAAGACAAAGAGUGGUAUGUACCUUUAUUUAAGACUUCUCACU